UGUGUUGCAGGACCAGAGGGCUGCAACCUCUUCAUCUACCAUCUACCGCAGGAAUUUGGCGACAACGAGCUCAUGCAGAUGUUCCUUCCGUUUGGCACAGUCAUCUCCUCCAAGGUCUUCAUGGACAGAGCCACCAACCAGAGCAAAUGUUUUGGCUUCGUGAGCUUCGACAACCCAGCAAGUGCACAGGCUGCUAUCCAGGCCAUGAACGGCUUUCAGAUCGGCAUGAAGAGGUUGAAAGUGCCAUUUAGAUUUGAAGAGUGA